GUUAGUUUCUGGCCUGGUUGGACGGACUUUCCAGCUGUCGUCCUGAAAUUCCAAGCCGCCUUGCCUCAAGCGCUCCCGCUUUCUGCCGCUGCACAGCUCUCUCCGUCUCUCCUUCAACCUUUUUUCGUGCUCAUCCUUGAACUUCCGUGGCGAUUGCUCGUGACCUGAGCCCUUCAGUCUGUCCUUUAUCGCCGCACCGAGAUCGUGUGGCCAGCCUCCUCAGCCUUGUCCAGAAGGACCCGCAGCUUGAGGCGAAACCUCGACAAGGCAGCUCGCCGCGACGGCCGGCAAGAGGACGUUGCAUUCCACGUGAAAAGCCAUAUAGAGAUCUGUCGCAGCUAGGUCAGACUGCACCCUUCCUUAUCGCUAGGUUUGCAAGCCAGUGCAUCAUCGAGAUCUGCCGGCCAGAGUCUGGACAGACCUGUCCGGGGCCCCUCAGAUUGCGUCCAACCGACCUGCCGCACUGACAGCGCCAGCAUCGACGGAAAGCAAAGGACGUGUAGAGAGGACAUUCACAGCGUCCCCGCCCAUCACGCGCAAGGCCAGAUACGAGUUUGCAGAGCAUCUAAACAGCAAACAGUUGGCAGCGAUGCCUGCCCCAUUGAUCGAGGUGUGUGAAAAGUUCCUACACGUCUAAGCCCAGUCCGUCCUCCCUCUGUACUGUACAGUACCGCCGCUCUUCUUUUGCUCUACAAGAGCCUACAAGAAAAUCGCGUGGUUCGGAAGACGAAGAUCGAUUGCCAGGCUUGCAGGUUCCGCAGUGGCUGCCUGGGUGGUUUGAAGGGCGGAUGAUGUAAAGGCAACGGCCAAAAACGUGGCUCAAAAUUCCUGCGUCAUCACCCGCAUGGCACCGGUUCUGCGACCGACGCAACAUCACCCUUCUUGCUAGAACCGCUCUAAUCCUAAUCCCCUCCGGCAUUUCACGACGUCCAGGCCUCGUGUGGUCUCCUCCAUCUGCCAAAUCAUCUUUCUCAACUUCUGCAGCUUUGUCUGUUUAGUUCGCGGCUAUUGCAUGCUUUUGCUUACAGAUAGAUACCCCUCCACUACACCCCACCGACGACUCGCUUACUCACCAUCCGAGUCAGAAAAGUUCACUUCUGCUUCAACUUCCUUUUGUGUGGACAUAGACUAAACGAUGACGACCAUACAGAACCUCAAGAACUUUAUUCGACACGGCAAGCAGGCGCGGGUGGCUAACGCUGAGCCGACGACGAACAUUUCCAAUGUGCACGCCCAGCAGCAACGAUACGACCAGUAUGGCUCAGCAGGGCGUGACCAAAAGCAAUAUGGCAUCAGUGAGCCCGACGUCUUUAGCCACAAGCCUUUACAUGACCCUGCCGUCCAUGGCGAUUUUUCAGCCGCAGCCGUAGACAACCGCAACGUCGCUGCGAAGGCCGGCGAUGUUGCUGCGCACGCAGCCGAAGACAAGGCGAAGAAGCAGCAAGCUACCAAGGAAUCUACUGUCGAUCCCCAAGUCCUCGAGCGCAUAGUGGCAGAGGAGAGAGAGAGCAAGGGUAGACUACCACGCUAUCCCGGUCUCGAGCGAUUCAUUCUGAUUGAGAAAAUGGGGGACGGUGCAUUCAGCAACGUAUAUCGAGCCAAAGACACGACUGGACAAUUUGGUGAGGUGGCAAUCAAGGUCGUCAGGAAAUUUGAAAUGAACGCAACUCAGGUAUGCUUGCUAUUUUCAUUGUGGUGCCAGUGCGUAGAAUUUCUCUCCUUCAUGAACACACUUUCGACAACGUAAUCAGCAGACUUUACGUGCGAACUUUGUCCAACCACAGUAACGGUGUAGGGCGACAACGUCAUGCAUCCUGACUUCAAGAAGAAGGCCCCGAAGACAGUUGAGCGGGCAAAUAUUCUGAAAGAGGUUCAAAUUAUGCGACAACUUGAUCAUCCGAACAUUGUCAAGCUCAUACAUUUUUCGGAGUCAAAGCAAUACUACUUCAUCGUCCUGGAACUCUGCCCUGGUGGCGAGUUGUUCCACCAAAUCGUUCGGCUCACAUACUUCAGCGAGGAUCUUUCCCGACACGUCAUUGUACAAGUCGCGAAAGCUUUGGAAUAUCUACAUGAAGAAGCCGGCGUCGUACAUCGUGAUAUUAAGCCUGAGAAUCUGUUGUUUUAUCCAGCACCAUUCGUUCCGACCAAAAACCCCAAGCCUAGAGCACCUGAAGAUGAAGACAAGGUCGACGAAGGAGAGUUCAUCAAAGGUGUUGGGGCUGGUGGCAUUGGUGUUAUCAAAAUAGCCGACUUUGGUCUUUCGAAAGUAAUUUGGGACAGCCAGACUAUGACUCCAUGCGGGACAGUCGGGUACACUGCCCCGGAGAUUGUCAAAGAUGAGCGUUAUUCAAAAAGUGUGGACAUGUGGGCCUUGGGUUGCGUCCUAUACACUUUACUCUGCGGGUUCCCACCGUUUUACGAUGAGAGCAUUCAAACACUUACAGAGAAAGUUGCGAAGGGGCAAUACACCUUCCUUUCUCCCUGGUGGGACGACAUUUCAAAGUCUGCUCAGGACUUGGUCUCACAUCUUCUUACCGUAGAUCCUGAGAAGCGUUACACGAUCAAGCAAUUCCUUGCUCACCCGUGGAUUCGUGAGUCCCAGGAAGAGACAACUCCCGCUGCCGAUGCACCACCACUAGCAACCCCGAUGCUCAGAAACCCUCAGCUUCAGUACCUCGACGAAACUCCGGGUGGUCGAAGGCAGGAUUUCCGAUCUCCUGGUGCAGUUAAUCUGCGAGAAGUCUUCGACGUCGGUUAUGCUGUUCACCGGCAAGAAGAGGAAGGCAAGCGAAGGAAGAAUUUCAAGCAGGGCUUUCGCGGUGGUGAACUCAACGCACUGAACGAAGAUGAUUAUGACGAUGAAUUCUCUGGCGAAUCCGUGCCUUAUGACCCAAGGCAGCAAGCGCCUCCAGCAAAGCUACCCAAGAGCCAGGCUGCCGACGUAGGGGCUAUGGAGAAACAAAUGCGCAAUACCACACUGUCGGCGGCGGCACAAGCUCGACAGGCGAAUGCCCCUCAGUCUACAGCCCGUCAGGAGAAGGGUUACGGCCAACAUAGUGCUGCCGUAGCGGCGGCUGCAAGGCGACAAGUCAAGAACAAAGGACCGUUUGAGCUCAAUCUGGAUAACGCGACGCUGCUGGGCAGGAGGGGCAAGAAUGCGCCGAGCGGCUUGCGGGAUGGCAUCACCAUUAGCUAAGAAUAUGCCGUUCGCUAAUUUAACACUAUCAAUCUUAUUGCCGUCAUGGAACUGCGGCAUUGCGAAAACGAGAGGAUGUUCGCACAAUAGUACACAUCGAUUCUGCGAGAAUCGUGGAGAAGGAGGAGAAGUGGGGACUCGGGGUAACGCAGCGUCGAUAGAUGAACGAACGAGGGACAAGACCAUGGAAAGAAGAUCAUUCCGUUAUGUCAGCUUCAUGGUAGGCGCUUGUUGAGAAGCCUCCUUUUUCUUUGUCAGACGAUGUCUGUUGGCAGACUCGUGCUUCCAGAAUACAGUCACCAAUUUACGAGUACGCUAUCGUCUUUGACCAAGUCAUAGGUCAUGUAUCGUGGUUGGGUGUCAUACCUCCAGCCAUUCUAAGGUAAUUUCCACAGGCGCACGCAGAUAUAGUCAAUAUACUAAGAAUUUUCGUCGAA